AUGAGAACUUACGCUUUCCUCGCUUCUCUCUUCGCCUCGGGAGCACUUGGACAGAAUGCUGUCGCUGCGACACUCUCUAGGAUAAAAUGGGUUUUACUGCGGGAAACCCUCGGGAAAUCACCAGGAACUGCGGCAGAGACACGGUCAUUGGCAGUGAAUGCUAUGUUUUCUACGAGGGCGCUUGCCAGAUUGCCCAAUGUCUCCUCGGCGACUCCUGCGUUGGUACCAGUGAAGGCGUUCCGGCCGGACGUCGCCGUCGCUCGCGCUCCUUUGGCAGGAAGUCCAUCUCUAGCUGAGUACGAGAAGACCUUUAGAGGAGAUCGCGGUAUUGUUAUUUCCAAGACUAUUACCGAUAACAUAAAGAGACAGACCGGUGAUUGGAUAAACCUUGUCACGUACGACGGAGUCAUUAAGCCUGGUGAGCGGUGGAGAGUGAACACGGAAGAGCUCGCCCCUGACAUCGAUAGGACUUGGGAAGAAUCGUCGUUCCACAGUAUCACGGUUGGCGUCACUGCUAGUGUGUCUGCUGGUCUUUUCGAAAUCUUCACCGCCUCGAUGGAGAUCAGUACCAGCUACGAGGAGACCUACAGCGUCGCAAGUUCGCUCAAGUACAGCAACGGAGACUGCCCAAGCGGUGCCAACAUCUACUACGCCCCAGUCUAUACUCGGUAUGGCGGUAUUUAG